GGAGGCCCAGUCGGCCUGUCAGCCGGCUUCCAAAAACGGCCCGGCGCUUGCGCAGCCAUGGCGACCACGGCGGCGGAGGAGCCGUUGGACUCCGCGGACCCGGGCGACAGGUCAGGAUGGCUUACUGGUUGGCUUCCCACGUGGUGCCCUACGUCUACAUCACACCUUAGAGAAGCUGAAGAGAAAAUUUUAAAAUGUGUUCCCCGCACAUACAAAAAAGAACCUGUUUAUAUAUCUAAUGGAAAUAAAAUAUGGACACUGAAAUUAUCCUGUAAUAUUCCAAAUAAAAUACCACUUGUCCUCCUUCAUGGUUUUGGAGGAGGACUUGGACUCUGGGCGCUAAAUUUUGAAGAUCUUUCUACCAAUAGGCCCGUCUAUGCAUUUGACCUGUUGGGCUUUGGACGAAGUAGUAGACCCAGGUUUGACAGUGAUGCAGAAGAAGCAGAGAAUCAGUUUGUGGAAUCCAUCGAAGAGUGGAGAUGUGCCCUAGGAUUGGACAAAGUGAUUUUGCUUGGACACAACCUGGGUGGGUUCUUGGCUGCUGCUUACUCACUAAAGUACCCAUCAAGGGUUACUCAUCUCAUUUUAGUGGAGCCUUGGGGUUUCCCUGAGAGACCUGAUCUUGCUGAUCAAGACAGACCAAUUCCUGUUUGGAUCAGAGCCUUGGGAGCUGCAUUGACUCCCUUUAACCCCCUAGCUGGCCUCAGAAUCGCAGGACCCUUUGGUUUAAGUUUAGUGCAACGUUUAAGACCUGAUUUCAAGCGGAAGUACUCUUCGAUGUUUGAAGAUGAUACCGUGACAGAAUACAUCUACCACUGUAAUGUACAGACGCCCAGUCAAGGCUUUGUGACCCAUCAGUGGAGAAUACAGAGCCUGAAGAUAGUGGGGAGCUAGGAGGAGGCUGAAAGACCAUGGCCAUGGAGUUCCUAAGGAGAACAUCAGGAACAGAGUGCAAAGAUGAGAGCUCCACUUCUCAUGGUUUGUUGUGCAGUGAGAUAUUGGGGAACUUGUGAAAAAUGCAGUUCCUGAGUCCUCAGUCUUAGAUUCCGACUCGCAGUUCUCGGCUGCAUCUUUAACCAGGGCUUCAGAUGGCCCCAGUACAGAUGGGGCAUGGACCACACUUUAAAAACAAGUGAUACCUCAUCCUUUCCAGGAUUAAGACUUGGGUGAAAGGCUGAGAGGCUAGAAGCAGGGACAGCCUCCCUCAGUUGUUGUUUUUUUCCCCCCUCCCUUUUGGCAGACAAUAUGUUCACCUAUGUUAUUAAAAGAUCGAGGCCAGAGAAGCUACUGAGGUGGAGCUGUAGCUUUUUUGUUUGUUUGUUUUUAAAGUAAUUUUUAUUGUGAUUUAAGUGUAAGUUUACAAAUCAAGUCAGUCACACAUAAGCCUAUAUGCACCUUACUACGUACUCCCAUUUACUCUCCCCCUAAUGAGUCAGCCCGCUCCCUCCCUCCAGUCUCUCCUUUUGAGACCCUUUUGCCAGCUUCUAACCCUCUCUACCCCCGCCCCAUCUCCCCUCCAGACAGGAGUUGCCAACACAGUCUCAAGUGUUCACCUGAUACAAGUAGCUCACUCUUCAUCAGCAUCUCUCUCCAACCCAUUGUCCAGUCCCUUCCAUGUCUGAUGAGUUGUCUUCAGGAAUGGUUCCUGUCCUGGGCCAACAGGAGGUUUGGGGACCAUGACCGCCGGGAUUCUUCUAGUAUCAGUCAAACCAUUAAGUCUGGUCUUUUAUGAGAAUUUGGGGUCUGCAUCCCACUGUUCCCCUGCUCCCUCAGGGAUUCUCUGUUGUGCUCCCUGUCAGGGCAGUCAUCUGUUGUGGCCAGGCACCAUCUAGUUCUUCUGGUCUCAGGAUGAUGUAAGUCUCUAGUUCAUGUGGCCCUUUCUGUCUCGGGGUCAUAGUUAUCCUGUGACCAUGGCGUUCUUCAUUCUCCUUUGAUCCAGGUGGGUUGAGACCAACUAAUGCAUCUUAGAUGGCCGCUCGUUAGCAUUUAAGACCCCAGAUGCCACACUUCAGAGUGGGAUGCAGAAUGUUUUCAUAAUAGAAUUUAUUUUGCCCAUUGACUUAGAAGUCCCCUUAAGCCAUAGUCCCCAAACCCCCGCCCUUGCUUUGCUGACUUUCAAAGCAUUCGGUUUAUCCCAGAACCUUCUUUGCUUUUGGUCCAGUCCAGUUGAGCUGCCCUUCCCUGUAUUGAGUAUUGUCCUUCCCUUCACCUAAAGUACUUCUUAUCUACUAACUAAUCAGUAAAUAACCCCCUCCCACCCUUCCUCCCUCCCCCCUCUCAUAACCACAAAAGAAUGUGUUCUUCUCAGUUUAUACUAUUUCUCAAGAUCUUAUAAUAGUGGCCUUAUACAAUAUUUGUCCUUUUGCAUCUUGACUAAUUUCACUGAGCAUAACGCCUUCCAGUUUCCUCCAUGUUAUGAAAUGUUUCACAGGUUCCUCACUGUUCUUUAUCGAUAGGUAGUAUUCCAUUGUGUGAAUAUACUAUAAUUUUUUAACCAUUCAUCUGUCGAUGGGCACCUUGGUUGCUUCCAGCUUUUUGCUGUUGUAAACAGUGCUGCAAUAAACAUGGGCGUGCAUAUAUCUGUUCGUGUAAAGGCUCUUAUUUCUCUAGGGUAUAUUCCGAGGAGUGGGAUUUCUGGGUUGUAUGGUAGUUCUAUUUCUAACUUUUUAAGAAAAUGCCAGAUAGGUUUCCAAAGUGGUUGUACCAUUUUACAUUCCCACCAGCAGUGUAUGAGAGUUCCAGUCUCUCCACAGCCUCUCCAACAUUUAUUAUUUUGUGUUUUUGGAUUAAUGCCAGCCUUGUUGGAGUGAGAUGGAAUCUCAUCUUAGUUUUAAUUUGCAUUUCUCUAACGGCUAAUGAUGGAGAGCAUUUUCUCAUGUAUCUGUUGGCUGCCUGAAUAUCUUCUUUAGUGAAGUGUGUGUUCAUAUCCUUUGCCCACUUUUUUGCUUGGGUUGUUUGUCUUUUUGUGGUUGAGUUUUAACAGUAUCGUAUAGAUUUUAGAGAUCAGACGCUGGUCAGAGAUGUCAUAGCUGAAAAUUUUUUCCCAAUCUGUAGGUGGUCUUUUUACUCUUUUGGUGAAGUCUUUAGAUGAGCAUAGGUGUUUGAUUUUUAGGAGCUCUGGUUUCUCUUUGUCAUUUUUAGUAAUGUUUUGUAUUCUGUUUAUGCCUUGUAUUAGGGCUGCUAACGUUGUCCCUAUUUUUUCUUCCAUGAUCUUUAUCGUUUUAGUCUUUAUGUUUAGGUAUUCGGUCCACUUGGAGUUAGUUUUUGUGCAUGGUGUGAGGUAUGGGCCCUGUUUAAUUUUUUUGCAAAUGGAUAUCCAGUUAUGCCAGCACCAUUUGUUAAAAAGACUAUCUUUUCCCCAAUUAACUGACACUGGGCCUUUGUCAAAUAUCAGCUGCUCAUAUGUGGAUGGAUUUAUAUCUGGGUUCUCAAUUCUGUUCCAUUGGUCUAUGUGCCUAUUGUUGUACCGGUACUAGGCUGUUUUGACUACUGUGGCUGUAUAAUAGGUUCUAAGAUCAGGUAGAGUGAGGCCUCCCACUUUCUUCUUCUUUUUCAGCAAUGCUUUACUUAUCCGGGGCUUCUUUUCCUUCCAUAUGGAGUUAGUGAUUUGUUUCUCCAUCACAUUAAAAAAUGUCAUUGGAAUUUGGAUCGAAGUGCAUUCUUUGUAUAGAUGGCUUUUGGUAGAGUAGACAUUUUUACUAUGUUAAGUCUUCCUAUCCAUGAGCAAGGUACGUUUUUCAACUUAUGUAGGUCCCUUUUAGUUUCCUGCACUAGUACUUUGUAGUUUUCUUUGUAUAGGUCUUUUACAUCUUUGGUAAGAUUUAUUCCUAAGUAUUUUAUCUUCUUGGGAGCUACUGUGAAUGGUAUUGAUUUGGUGAUUUCCUCUUCGAUGUUCUUUUUGUUGAUGUAGAGGAAUCCCAGUGAUUUUUCUAUGUUUAUCUUAUAACCUGAGACUCUGCCGAACUCUUCUAUUAGUUUCAGUAGUUUUCUGGAGGAUUCCUUAGGGUUUUUUGUGUAUAAGAUCAUGUCAUCUGCAAAUAGAGGUAAUUUUACUUCUUCCUUGCCAAUCCGGAUGCCCUUUAUUUCUUUAUCUAGCCUAAUUGCUCUGGCGAAGACCUCUAGCACAGUGUUGAAUAAGAGCGGUGAUAAAGGGCAUCCUUGUCUGGUUCUCAAGGGAAAUGCUUUCAGGCUCUCUCCAUUUAGAGUGAUGUUGGCUGUUGGCUUUGUGUGGAUGCCCUUUAUUAUGUUGAGGAAUUUUCCUUCAAUUCCUAUUUUGCUGAGAGUUUUUAUCGUGAAUGGGUGUUGGACUUUGUCAAAUGCCUUUUCUGCAUCAAUUGAUAUGAUCAUGUGGUUUUUGUCUUUUGUUUUAUUUAUAUGGUGGAUUACAUUAAUAUUAUUAUUAAUAUUUCUAAUAUUAAACCAACCUUGCAUGCCUGGUAUAAAUCCCACUUGGUCGUGGUGGAUAAUUUUUUUGAAAUGUUGUUGAAUUCUUUUGGCUAGAAUUUUGUUGAGGAUUUUUGCGUCUAUGUUCAUGAGGGAUAUAGGUCUGUAAUAUUCUUUUUUUGUGGUGUCUUUACCUGGUUUUGGUAUCAGGGAUAUGGUGGCUUCAUAGAAUGAGUUAGGUAGUAUUCCAUCAUUUUCUAUGCUUUGAAAUACCUUUAGUAGUAGUGGUGUUAACUCUUCUCUGAAAGUUUGGUAGAACUCUGCAGUGAAGCCGUCCAGGCCAGGGCUUUUUUUUGUUGGGAGUUUUUGGAUUACCUUUUCAAUCUCUUUUUUUGUUAUGGGUCUAUUUAGUUGUUCUACUUCUGAUUGUGUUAGUUUAGGUAGGUAGUGUUUUUCUAGGAAUUCAUCCAUUUCUUCUAGGUUUGCAAAUUUGUUAGAGUAUAAUUUUUCGUAAUAAUCUGAUAUGAUUCUUUUAAUUUCAGUUGGGUCUGUUGUGAUAUGGCCCAUCUCGUUUCUUAUUCGGGUUAUUUGUUUCCUUUCCUGUAUUUCUUUAGUCAGUCUAGCCAAUGGUUUAUCAAUUUUGUUAAUUUUUUCAAAGAACCAGCUUUUGGCUUUGUUAAUUCUUUCAAUUGUUUUUCUGUUCUCUAAUUCAUUUAGUUCAGCUCUAAUUUUUAUGAUUUGUUUUCUUCUGGUGCCUGAUGGAUUCUUUUGUUGCUCGCUUUCUAUUUGUUCAAGUUAUAGAGACAGUUCUCUGAUUUUGGCUCUUUCUUCUUUAUGUAUGUGUGCAUUUAUCGAUAUAAAUUGACCUCUGAGCACUGCUUUUGCUGUGUCCCAGAGGUUUUGAUAGGAAGUGUUUUCAUUCUUGUUGUAUUCUAUGAAUUUCUUUAUUCCCUCCUUAAUGUCUUCUAUAACCCAGUCUUUUUUGAGCAGGGUAUUGCUCAGUUUCCAAGUAUUUGAUUUCUUUUCCCUGAGUUUUCUCUUAUUGAUUUCUACUUUUAUGGCCUUGUGGUCUGAGAAGAUGCUUUGUAAUAUUUCGAUGUUUUGGAUUCUGCAAAGGUUUGUUUUAUGACCUAAUAUGUGAUCUAUUCUAGGGAAUGUUCCAUGUUCGCUAGAAAAAAAACUAUACUUUGCAGCUGUUGGGUGGAGUGUUCUGUAUAAGUCUAUGAGGUCAAGUUGGUUGAUUGUAGCAAUUAGGUCUUCCGUGUCCCUAUUGAGCUUCUUACUGGAAGUCCUAUCCUUCUCUGAAAGUGGCGUGUUGAAGUCUCCUAGUAUAAUUGUGGAGGUGUCUAUCUCACUUUUCAGUUCUGUUAAAGUUUGUUUUAUGUAUCUUGCAGCCCUGUCAUUGGGUGCAUAAAUAUUUAAUAGGGUUAUAUCUUCCUGGCCAAUUGUCCCUUUAAUCAUUAUGUAGUGUCCUUCUUUAUCCUUUGUGGUGGAUUUAACUUUAAAGUCUGUUUUGUCAGAAAUUAAUAUUACUACUCCUGCUCUUUUUUGAUUGUUUGCUUGAUAUAUUUUUUUCCAUCCUUUGAGUUUUAGUUUGUUUGUGUCUCUAAGUCUAAGGUGUGUCUCUUGUAGGCAGCAUAGAGACGGAUCGUGUUUCUUUAUCCACUGUGAGACUCUCUGUCUCUUUAUUGGUGCAUUUAGUCCAUUUACAUUCAGCGUAAUUAUAGAUAAGUAUGUGUUUAGCGCUGUCAUUUUGAUGUCUUUGUGUGUGUGUUGUUGACAAUUUCAUUUUUCCACUUAGUUUUUUGUGCUGAGACUUUUUUUUGUAAAUUGUGGGGUUUUCAUGUUCAUAGUAGUUGAAUUUAUGUUUGCUGAGUCAUUAUGUUUUUCUUGGUUUUUAUUUUGAGUUAUGUAAUUGUUAGACCUCUUUGUGGUUACCUUAAUAUUUACCCCAGUUUUUCUAAGUAAAAACCUAACUUGUAUCGUCCAAUAUCGCCUUGUUUUCCUCUCCAUAUGGCUGUUCUAGGCCUCCUGUAUUUAGUCCUUCUUUUUGAUUAUUGUGAUCUUUUACCUAAUGACUUCAAUGAUUCCCUGUUUUAAGCAUUUUUUUUUCUUUUUAAAAUUAAUCUUAAUUUGUUUUUGCGAUUUCCCUAAUUGAGUUGAUAUCAAGAUGUUCUGUUCUGUGACCUUGUGUUGUGUUGCUAUCUGAUAUUAUUGAUUUUCUGACCAAACCAUUUCCUUUAUUAUUUCUUGUAGCUUUGGUUUGGUUUUUGCAAAUUCUCUAAGCUUGUGCUUAUCUGUAAAUGUUCUCAUUUCACCUUCGUAUUUGAGAGAGAGUUUUGCUGGAUAUAUGAUCCUUGGCUGGCAGUUUUUCUCCUUCAGUGCUCUAUAUAUGUCAUCCCAUUGCCUUCUUGACUGCAUGGUUUCUGCUGAGUAGUCUGAACUUACUCUUAUUGAUUCUCCUUUGUAGGAGACCUUUCUUUUAUCCCUGGCUGCUUUUAAAACUUUCUCUUUCUCUUUGGUUUUGGCAAGUUUGAUGAUAAUAUGUCUUGGUGAUUUUCUUUUUGGAUCAAUCUUAUAUGGGGUUCGAUGAGCAUCCUGGAUAGAUAUCCUUUUGUCUUUCAUGAUGUCAGGGAAGUUUUCUGCCAACAGAUCUUCAACUAUUCUCUCUGUAUUUUCUGUUAUCCCUCCUUGUUCUGGAACUCCAAUCACACGCAAGUUAUUAUUCUUGAUAGAGUCCCACAUGAUUCUUAGGGUUUCUUCAUUUUUUUUUAAUUCUUUUAUCUGAUUUUUCUUCAACUAUAUUGGUGUCAAUUGCUUUAUCCUCCAACUCCCCCACUCUGCAUUCCAGUUGCUCGAUUCUGCUCCUCUGACUUCCUAUUGAGUUGUCUAAUUCUGUAAUUUUACUGUUAAUCUUUUGGAUUUCUGAAUGGUGUCUCUCUAUGGAUUCUUGAAGCUUAUUAAUUUUUCCACUAUGUUCUUGAAUAAUCUUUUUGAUUUCUUCAACUGCUUUAUCAGUGUGUUCCUUAGCUUUUUCUGUAGAUUGCCUUAUUUCAUUUUUGAGGUCAUCCCUGAUGUCUUGAAGCAUUCUGUAAAUUAUUUUUUUAUAUUCUUCAUCUGGCAAUUCCAGGAUUGUAUCUUCAUUUGGGAAAGAUUUUGAUUCUUUGAUUUGGGGAGUUGUAGAAGCAAUCACGGUCUGCUUCUUUAUGUGGUUCAAUAUCGACUGCUGUCUCCGAGCCAUCUAUAAGAUAUUGUAAUGAUUUAUUUUAUAUUUGCUCACUGAGUCUUAUCUUGUUUUGUUUUCUUUCAAUAUAUGUAGAUGGGCUACUAGAUUGUGCUGUCUUGAUUGUUGUUGCCUUUGAAUCACUUAUAUCCUAUUACCACCUGGUUUGGGCUAUUACCAGAAAUAUAAGCCUAAGAGUCCAUUCACUAUUCCUGAGUAGAAUCUGAUUUUGGGUGACCAAGUGUGUGGUAUAGACUGUCACCUAUUCACUUAGAGGAGUGGUGGUGAUAGUUGUGUGCGCCAGAUUCUAGUAGCAGUAGGGAGUCACACUCCAGGGGGGGGCAGGAUGUUGAUAGGCUUCCCCCAAGUGCCAGUGAGGUAGGUGUGUCUCUAUUCCUAAAGCACUUUGGUGGGUGGGUUCUGCAGGUGUACCUUAGGCACCUAAUGCAUGUACCUCUACAGAUUGGUAGGUGUCACUAUCCUCAGACCCCUAUGGCAGGAGGCUAGGUGGUUUGGGUGGAGCUUCAGCCCUCAGUUCCCUGUUAUGGGUCAGUGAGGGCUCUGUUUAAUAGGUAGAGAUAUCAGACCUGGGAAACUUGUCUUUCCAGUAAACAAUUACAGUGCAUUACAGUCAGAUCACUAUCAGAAUUGCCUUUGCAUUAUAAUAGCCACCUUGUUGCCUGUAGGGAUGAAAGCCCAAGACUGUGGAUCUCAUAUGCUUGGCUGGAGCUGGUUCUGUAUUUUCAGUCCAAUUUCGGGAAGUCAGGGAAGGAUGUUUGGUCCCUGGGUUUUUUGUAGCUGCUUCUCUCAGGCCAGGAGAAUGGGUUAGGAAAGGCCAAAAAAAAAGAAAAAAGCUGCAGAGGACUUCACUCUCUGGCCCAGGAAAUUCCAAUGUUAAUGAAGCUACCUGGGAAGGGGAGGGGAGGGAUCAGAUAGAUAGGAGAGAGUAGCACCCAGGUAUAUAGACAAAGUUACUUAUCUUGCUUGGUGAUGACUGGUUUAUCUGAGAUUCCCAAGGGAUGUGUAGCCUGUGUGCGCUGACUGGGUCGAGAUUGUCCCUGAGGGUCAGGCCAGUUUCCUGUGCUUGUGCUGUCUCAGAAGCCGUGGUCGGUUCCUCUGCUCCCAGCCCAAAGCCCAGUGCCAAGGUUCCCUGGCUGGGACGCGCACUCCAGGCUCCAAAACUAGUCGCUGCUUCCCGGUGACUUCUCCUCCUGUCAGCCGCAUUGCUGCGCUGCCUGCGUGCACUGGGUGGGCUUUCCCCGAGGUCACUUCUGGGGGCUAGGGCUGCGUCCCAUGUUUGCGCCAUCUCAGGAUGCCAUGCUCAGCUCCCCUGCAUCCAGUCCAAAGCCCCACGCCGAGGUUUUCUGACUGGGAUGCUGGCUCCAGGCUCUGAAAACAGUCGCUGCUUCCCCGUGGUUGCUUGUUCUCUCAUUAGCUGCAUCAGUGUGCAGCCUGCUUGUGCUGCCUGAGUCUCUACGGAGGUUACCCCAGAGGCUAGGGGUUAGGGCUGUGUCCCAUGCCUGCCCUACCUCAGCAAGGCACAAUCAGCCCCGCCACUUGGCACCAGGGAACCGUGGGGCUCAAGGCUGUGGCACGGGUCGCCGGUUCCAGAAGCGCUUGCUGCUUCAGAACGCAGCUUUUUGCUCCCCUGUCACUCAGGUCAAGUCUUUAGAUCUGUGUUUGAUGGUCAGGGUUUGUAGAUUGUCAUGUAUGUGAUCGAUUUGCUUGUUUUUCCGAGUCUUUGUUGCAAGAGGGAUCUGAGGUAGCUUCUACCUAGUCAGCCAUCUUGACCCGCCUCCGAGCUGUAGCUUUUUAAUAAAAUAGGUUAGAGUCUCUCUGCCAAGAGUGAGGAAAGCUGGAGGGCCGGGGCCUUGAGCGAUUGAUAUUUUGUGACUCUCUAGGCACUUGCGUCUGGUCUGUACAUUUAUUAGCUUGGUCCAACGGUUUUCAGUGGUCUGUUCCGGGAACAUCAUUCUUUUCCUGCAUCAUCUUGGUGUUUUAUUCUUUACCUGCACACUUUCAUGGUGACAUGUGCCAUGUAGUCCUAGUUUGUUGCCUUUCUUAUGGUGGAACUUGAAUUCUUCAUAUAAGGCAAUUUAUAAUUCUGCCUACUACUGCAAGAAUAGCAGAAAUGACAGCAAAAAGACCUAUCCCAGCAAUUUGCAAAAAUAACUUAGUGCAAGUUUCUUCUUGGUAAUGGCUUUGCCAUUGCAGUAAGAAGCUGGUACCAUGAACCAUUGGAAAAGUUACCGUCUGUAUCAGUUUGAAAUACCUAACUCAGAGUGAAAAAACAUAUUUUAACUAUCUCCACAAGAAGUAAUUUAAUAUUUUCAUGAUAGAGAGUUGUUGUUGUUAGUUGCCAUCAAGCUGAUUCUGACUCAUGGUGACCCAUGUGGAAAGUAGAACUGCUCCUUAGGGUUCUCAAGGCGGUGACCUUUCAGAAGCAAAUUGCCAAGCCUGUCUUCUCAGGUUCUUCUGGGCGGGUUCCGGUCAUAAACCUUCCAGCCAGCAGUGAAGUGCACCACCCGGAGACUCCAUGAUAGAGAAUUAGCAUUCCAUGUUUUGGCUUAGCAGAAGAAAACUUUUUAAAAUUCCUAUAAUUCAAAGCAGCCUUGUUUAUCUAACAGUGUAAUAUCUUAUGUGGGGUUUGUUCCCUUAACUUUGUAGGAAGUUAUUUUCUAUUUAAGCUGACAUUCUUGGAUGAGAGAGAAGCUAAAUGUGAGUGUGUUUUAAUAGAGAUGGGAGUACUGAUACAUACCUUCCCAAAAGCUGUACAUGUGACUUCCUCCUUUCCC